GUAGAAUAGAGGCAGCGCAGAACUUGAGAUUUGGGCUGGGAGUUUGGGAGAGAUAGGUUGCUCUAACUGGAACGCAACUGCACAAAGGUGCGAUCGAUAGCAGACAAGUUGGAUGGGGGAUGGCCGAGCUGCGCCUUAUCGCGAUGAACCAGAAUCAUAGGAAAUCCACUGGAAGGUCGCGAACUAACAGGCGACGAACUCCAGCUGCUAGCGAGAAGUCUUCGCACUCUCGAGGUAAUCCACAUAGUCCGCCGGUCUCUUCUAAGUCGCUAGGGGCGUCUCACAGGCCCAGUACGCAGUCGCCAGCAUCUUCUUCUUGUUCGCCAGACUCUUCGCCGUCAGUAGCCGCUCCUCACCUGUCAUCAACGACCAGUUCGCAAUUGUCGUCUCUGGCCGCAUGUCACAGUUCGUCGACGCUAGCCGUUUCUCACCAUGCGGACGCUAGCGGUUUCUCACCAUGCGCAAGCUUCAUCAGUUUUCAGAACCCUAGACCAAGCUGAAUUCGAAAAUGGAUCACCAGGAACUUCAUAACCGACAAUGAACAUUGAGUUGAGGUUGUCAGAACCGAAAGCUCAGGAGGAGGAGGUCACAAGCGCAGAUAAGUCAAAAAGGACAGGUGAUAAGAUUUAUCUUUCGACUCUAGUGAAAGCCGUGCCAAAAUCUGUUGAUUCAUCUGAACCAGAUAAAAAACUAGAUCAGGUCAUUUAUAGUAUCAAACUUCCUGGACCUUCUUUAUUGGGUGAAGGCAUGGCAAGACAGUUUAUUUUUGUAGGGAGAGCAUGAAACAAUUAGAAGGUUGUUUGUAGGAGUGUUUGUGUGUGCUGAAACAGACUACUUAUCAUUUUCUUGGAGGGAGAGGUGUGUUGCUUAUGCUGAAAGUCAGGACCAAGCUCAGGUGGGUGACUGUGUUAUAAUACUCCUGGAUGCCUUGGCAAAAUCAUUGGUGCUGGAUGAUCCACAGAUAAUUUCAUUUGAAUAAUUAGUUUUCAAUUGGGAUGAUGAACUUCUUGAUAGGAGUGAUGAAAGAAAAAUUCAGGCAAUAAAGAAGUUUAGUGCUGUUAUCAAAUUUAAGAAUCAUGAAAAUGUUUUUGGACCUAUUUCAGAUCACUGGUUGAGUAGAAUCAGUGUGGAUCUGGACUCUACUAUUCAAGCUGCUGGAAUUGAUGUCUCCAAGAGGGAACAACCCAUGAAUUUAUCUUUAAAUCCCAAAAGGGUUAAAGGAAGGGAAGCUGAAGUAAAUGUUCAACCUUGUACAGUUAAAGAGAAAGGUGAAGCUAACAAAAAGGAAGGGAAAUCUAGCAUGCUUAAUGCUUUCUUUAGGCUUGUGGAACUGGAAAGAGGGAGGAUCAGUAUUGAUGAUGGUGAUGUUUCAAAGUUAGGAUUGAUGGACUUCCAUAAGGUUGUUGGUAUUAUACUACAGUUGCUUAUUCUGUCUCACGCAAUGUUGGAUUCAUCCUUGAUCCUUUCAUUGAACACAAUGGUGCUGAUCUGUGGGUGGCUUUAGAGAGGGCACAUAUCAAAGAAAUGAUCAGGAUGAGCUCUUUGGGUCUGGAUACUGAGGAUUUUCUUCAAGAUAAAGUUCUGUAUGAUCUUUUAAGUGAGAAGCAUAAUUCAAGGGAGGGGUUGAAGGCUGAAGGACAUGCAAUACUAAGGGCGGCCAAGGGCCUUCAACCUAUGGGACUGACAGUGAAACUAGCUCCAGGAGUUUUGAUUGUCAUGCUCAACUGUUUGGCUGGACAGUCAGAUUUUCAAAUCUUUGCAAUGGAUAAUGUUUCAGCAUUGGUUGAUCAUUCCAACAAUAAACAGUACUUUGAGAUCAUAAUUCAGGAUUUCAUACAAAACUGUUAACUUCAAGGUGUUCUAUUCCUUGGAGAUGUAGAUUGUUAUGGUCGGAGUACUACCCGAGAUUCUGUGCAUGCAGCUAUUGGUCAGAUGGUGGGUGAUGGUGGUUUGUUAUUAUUAAAGAUGCUUACUGAUGAGUUGGGUGAAGAAGGAUUAUGCAUAUGGAGUUGGCCUGGUGGCAGUGUGCCAAGUUCUUUCUUACCUUCCUUGGUUGCUGAUGUGAAGACUGAGACUUACAGUCCUGAAGCUGACUUUGUAUUCUCAAUUGGAGAUUCUGUAAGAGAUCAGACAAGGGGCAGUGAAGGAGAUAACAACCUUGGCCAAAAGGAUUACUAUGUUGACAAAGAGAUUGAGUGGAUACCAAAAUGAAGAAAACUAUCCAAGCUGAAGUACUCGGAAGGUAGAGGAGCAAGGAUAAAGCGUACUGGCAUGGUUGUUUCUUACUCAGUUACUCCCCACCUUGAGGGCAAGGUGGUUGUGAAAGGGGAGUAGUGAUAGAGACCUAGACACUACUAGUAAUAAGAAUAAUAUUAGUCUUUUUAUAUUGUAGAAUAAAAGGGGUUUAGGCCCUGAAUUUAAUAGCAUUGGGCUAGCCCAAAUGGAAAAGAAUAAAUAGGAGUUGGGAGAGUAGAAUAGAGGCAGGCAGACCUUGAGACUUGGGCUGGGAGUUUGGAUGAGAUAGGCUGCUCUAACUGCCCAACGGUGUACCGUUUCAGUUUUGUUCUUCUUUCACGUCUUAAUAAACAUCAAUUUCCCU